AUGACAGUCCCUGCCCUCCCAAGACGCUGGUGUGAGAUUCUGGUUUUAGUGGGUUUAACAUUUGGCCUGACAGUAACACUCGUCACAGGUGCUGAACCUGAACAAUGUGGAACAAACUCACUGUGUGGUCAUGGAACUAGAUGUGACACCAACACGACUCGGUGUGUAUGCUUGUCUGACGACGGCGACCGGACGAAGAGGAAGGGUAAACCUUUCUCUCUGUAUUACUGUUUGGGUGGGGGAGUUAUAGAAUGUGGAGAUAAGCUGUGUGGUUACAGAGCAGAAUGUAACACGGACAGGAGUGGGUGUAGAUGCUCAUUCAACAAUGCUGAACCAGGAGAACUGACGGGCACAUCUCCAUCCCUGUGGUACUGUGUGGAAAAAUGUGACCUUAGAGGCAGUAUGUGUCCUGACAACACCACGUGUAGGAACUCUACAGUUAAUAACAGGCACCUGUGUCAGUGUUCAGAGGAAGCCACACAAUCAUCUACAGGGCAAUGUCUGGGUAAACCAUCAAAUGUCCAUGUCACCACAGAGGGAGACAGUCCAACCCAAAGCGAUGAUUCCCGGAUACUAACUAUAGGACUGGCCGCUGGAAUCGGAGGGGUGGUCCUAGUGGCUGUCAUAGUCUUGAUUGUUGUAGUCCUUGCUCGGAGAAGAGCGAGUAGAAGAGCUAGUGACAACGAAGGGCUAGGUUAAGGAGGCAGUCGAGUCCGCCCCACCCAUCGCGCGCUCCUAGCCGUCACACCUACCAGACCGUCGUUGACCCGCCAUUGCCUGGUCAGAGUGGGAUGAAUAACCCUGCUGGUCCAAUGGUUGUCGUGCGGACCGAAGUCUCCGUCAUUAAUCCUCCGUCUCGACCAAGAGCAUACGAAGACGUGGAUAAUGACUUCCCGGUGAUCUACAGUACUGCCAAAGUCAGUGACAAACGGAACAAGAAUAAAGCUAAUCAAGCACAACAAGCAAACAACGCAAUCCGUCUGCCCUCCCAGCCCGGUGAUAAAGCUGAGCCCAAGAAUUUCAAAGAUCUCUAUUCAAAUGAUGCCAUACCCUUCAGCAAAAUACAUCAAAGAAAAAAUGAAAAGGAAGGAUCGUCAGAAAAUAUGGAAAACCAAUACAACACUUUGUAUGAUCUUAGACCAGUCGAAAACAACACCGCUGAAACAGCUCUAAGAGGUGAUCUUGAGUACGACGAAAUAAAGCUACAGAAAGUGUAAUGGACAAGCUAUGGCUUACUGGCAGGAGGGUGCGUUUCUCUUAUGUUUAUCUAGAGAGUUUUGACAGGAUUUUUUGCUUCCAUUCCCGCCUUUUUGUGCACAACCAGAGUAGAAUGUAUAUGUGGUACGUUCUCAAGACUCACUUGUGAAAACAGUGUCCAGGAGUACAAAAAAAAAGAUGAUGGCUC